AUGGAAUGUACUGGUAGAUGCAGUGGUAGACGCUGUAGCGUCCUCACCCCUCGGCCAGCUGGUCACCUCAGUGACUCGGUGUCAUCCAGUGCCUCCUUCCCUAUCAGCGUAGUGCUGCCGAGUUCCAACCCAAGUCUCCUCGGCGCCUUCCUCCAGAACCCAAGCGAGCCACGCUCCUGUGCCAAGCAAGGCACCUUCCCUGCCGGGCCUGGACGGUCGUGUUCCUUCCCGUCCACGGCGUCAUUCUGUCUUGCCGGACCACGCCAGACAUCCGGUGCCCCUUCCGUGCCCCUCCCCCAUCAGCGCACUGCUGCCAGUCCAAAUGUUCCCGGUGCCUUCCCUCGAGGUCCCAACGGAGCCAGGCUGCCGUGCCAAGCACGGUACCUCCCCUGCCGGACCUAG